AUGAGGAUCAUUGUGCUAAUAAUCUUAUGGCUGAUAUAUCGGACAGAAGGCAAAGUUACGUGCCGCGGCGAGGUACAAUUGCGUCGCGAUUGCGAGCACUGUGCAGAAUGCGACGCACUGUGCAGCACGAGCCGCGAUGGUGCUGUUUCUUGCGAACUGAGGGUCGCUGUUCUUCUGCCGAAGGAUCCGAGAUAUGAUAUUUCUCUGCCUAAGGUUCUCCCAGUCCUCGAUUUAGCGGUGUACGAAGCGAGAUCGCGAAAUCUGCUACCGCACUGGCUUGAUCUGAAAUUCUUGCCGCAAGAUGAUCAUUGCGAUGCAAUGUACGCGCAAAUCGGCGCGAUCGACAGCUACUCGCAUUGUGUACACUUGUUUCUCGGGCCAGCAUGCGAUUAUUGCGUCGGUACAGUUAAGAGUUUUCUUUCAGCGGUCGUCGGUAGAGUGGUGAAAUUUCUUGGAGCACCAUUAAUCACCACAGGAGGCUUUACUUUUGACUUUACGGAAAAAAAAGUUGACUGUAAAGACGAAUAUUUUAUGACCACAAGAAUCGGAAGUUUGGCUUUCAGGGAUAUCGCUAAAUUUUUCGUGGCCAUAAUGGAACACUACGAGUGGCAUAAAGUACAUCUUAUUUAUGCAACGAAUGGACAAAAUCAAGUCGCUGGUAGACAUACGUGUCAGCUUAUGAUGAAGUCAAUGGUUGAAUUCAUCAAGAAAGAGCAUAAUAUUACUUAUGGCACUUUUGACGUCGAAGCUACAACCCCCAGUGAUUAUCCAGAGGCCUUGAAAGAUCACGUUAGUCAUUCUUACGGCGACGCUUUCCUGGGCCCCGUGUGCGAUUACGUGAUCGCGCCCGUGGCAAGAUACGCGGGUGUGUGGGGUAUACCCGUACUAACAGCGGGUGCACAGGCAGAAGCGUUCCGUCAUAAGGGCCAGCAUUAUCCGACGUUAACCAGGAUGAUGGGCUCUCAUCGUUUGGUGGGUGAGGCGCUCAGACAUAUUCUACGCAGUUUUGGAUGGAAAAUCUGCGGUUUACUGUUUCACAAUCACGAGAUGGCCAGCAGUAAAGGGAAUUCCGAGUGUCAUUUCACGCUGAGCGCCGUAUAUACGGCGCUCAAUCAAACACCGGCGCACAAGAGCUUCAACCAGGAGACAGCCGACACCAAUGAAUACAAGAAUUUGCUCAGUUUCAUCGCCAAAUCCGCACGGAUUAUAGUGAUGUGCGCUAAUUCAACGACCAUUCGGGAAAUAUUGCUAGCUGCUGAGGAGCUUGGAAUGGUGGACUCAGGGGAAUACGUGUUCUUCUCAAUAGAGCUCUCCUCUAGCGAUAAUGAUUCCAAGGAACCAUGGAGAGUCAACAGCGACACAGAUGAGAGGAACGAGAAGGCUCGAAAGGCUUAUCAAGCCUUAUUAACAGUAACGGCGCGCACUCCAGACAAUCUAGAGUAUCUGAAUUUUUCGCGCGAAGUUAAAUCUCUGGCUCAGAACAAAUAUAACUUCAUUUUCGGUAACAGCUCAGUCUCAACCUUCGUAACGGCAUUUUACGAUGCUGUGUUGCUUUACGCUCUGGUCCUUAAAGAGAGCCUACCAGAGAAGCCGGGUGAGGUCAACCUAGACGGCGGUAAUUUGACGCGGAGAAUGUGGGGAAAAAGUUUCAAGGGAAUAACUGGUGAUGUAAAUAUCGAUGAAAAUGGCGAUAGAAUUGCGGAUUAUUCUCUGCUGGAUAUGGACCCGGAAACCUCCAGAUUCGAAAUUGUAGCCAAUUAUUACGGUGCGAAUAAAACAUUGGAAUAUAUCCCUGGGAAACAAAUUCACUGGGCCGGUGGUCGUUUAGAACCACCCCCGGAUACACCUACGUGCGGAUUCGACGGAUCAUUAUGUCCUGAUAAUUCUCUUCCGGGAUACGCUAUUCUCUCUAUGGUAUUGAGCUCCAUCGUAGUCGUUCUCGUCGUCGGUUCAGUAUUUAUUUAUCGGCGUUUCAAACUGGAAGCGGAAAUUGCCUCCAUGACAUGGAAAGUGCAUUGGGGUGACGUAAUCGUGAUACCUAACGCGAAGACAAGAGGCUCUAUGUACUCCCUAAUCGCGAAUAAGUUUCGCGGUAGUGAACUGACGAUAUAUUCUGAAGAUAAUGCAAGUCUGCCAGAUGGUGUUGAUCGAAAUGUAUAUGUUCCGACAGGAUUUUAUAAGGAUAUACUAGAGAACGAACAGAUAAAGCUCGAUCGCGUGUUCAGAGGAUCCCUGAUACACGAUAUCGUGCGUGGUAUGGUAUAUCUCCAUGCAUCGGAAGUGAAGAGUCACGGUAAUCUCAAGUCUUCAAACUGCGUUGUUGAUUCACGAUUCGUCCUGAAAAUCGCCGACUUCGGUUUGCAUGAGCUGAGAAGAAGCGCAGAUGUGGAUUCAGAUGGUGAUAAGAACAGUUACGCCUAUUGGAGGAAACAGCUUUGGACAGCUCCGGAAUUGCUGAGGAUGGAGAGACAACUGCCCGAAGGCACUCAGAAAGGUGACGUGUACAGCUUUGCUAUAAUCGUUCACGAGAUCGUGAUGCGCCAAGGGCCAUUCUACUUGGGAGACAAUAACGAACUCUCUCCAAAGGGCAUUUUAAAGAGUAAUCAACGAGGUCUUGUAUCCUCUACGAAUAUAAUCAUGUUCUUCGAGGACGAAGACAGAAUGGCGGAUAGGAGUUUAGCCUCAAGCACAAGCAGUCUAACCCUGCCACAAGGGUCACAAGUCGGGACAAAUCCCGACGGUGGGGCCAGUCCCAGGAGGGCCGUCAGUCCUCUCCUCGAAGUUCGCAGACCUCAUUGCACCCUCAACUGCGAAUCCUGCAACUUGUUCCUCGAGGACAUCUACAGGCACAAAAUAAUAGAAGGUGUUAGAAGAGGUGGCGGUUCACCCUUAAGGCCUGUAAUAGAUGAUGCUUCCGUUGAAGAAGAGGUAGCUACUCUAAUGAGACGAUGUUGGGCGCAAGAGGCCGCGGACCGACCGGAUUUUCCUGCGCUGAAGCAGACGAUUCGUAAAAUUAAUAAAGACUAUGAGAGCAGCAAUAUUCUGGAUAAUUUAUUAUCCCGCAUGGAGCAGUAUGCCACGAAUUUAGAAACGCUGGUAGAAGAACGUACGGCUGACUACCUCGAAGAGAAACGUAAAUGCGAGGAACUUCUUUAUCAGUUACUACCAAAAUCAGUGGCGUCGCAAUUGAUUCUCGGGCAAAGUGUGAUCGCCGAGACAUAUGAUCAAGUGACAAUUUACUUCAGCGACAUCGUAGGCUUCACGAGUCUGUCUGCCGAGAGCACGCCUCUGCAGGUGGUCGAUCUGCUGAACGAUCUCUACACGUGUUUCGAUUCCAUUAUCGAGAACUUCGACGUUUAUAAGGUGGAAACAAUAGGGGAUGCUUACAUGGUUGUAUCAGGAUUACCAGUGAGAAACGGAAUGAAUCACGCUAGAGAAAUUGCAAGGAUGAGUUUAGCCCUCAGGGAUACGGUAAUGACAUUCAGUAUUCGCCAUAGACCAACCGAGCAAUUAAAACUUCGUAUCGGCAUGCAUUCUGGACCAUGCGUGGCUGGUGUAGUAGGUCUUAAAAUGCCUAGAUACUGCCUGUUCGGCGAUACGGUCAACACAGCAUCCAGGAUGGAGAGUAACGGUGAAGCUUUGAAGAUUCAUGUCAGCCCGAAGACGAAGGAAAUCCUAGAUACAUUUGGCACAUUCGAACUCGUCUGCAGAGGAGAAGUUAUAUUGAAGGGUAAAGGUCCGAUGACUACUUAUUGGUUAAUGGGCGAAAAACCGACGAAUAACAAUGUGCAACAGGCAAAUCCCACAACGACCGUCGGCCAAAUAUCGAUUCUUCAGGAUCAAUCUUCUAUCACUACGCAAAUUCAAACGACGCAGACGAAGCAACAGGAGCAGCGGGCGCUCUCGUCCGUCAACCAACAACACAAAUUUCAGGGUCAAUCAGACCAGCCGUAUCCGACCCAGCAAUCGAUUCAGUCGAGGAGUCAGGAGCCGCGGCAGCAGGGACAUCCGGGUCAACAGAGACCGCAAGAAUUGCAGCACCAGGGUUUAAUGACCGCCCAAUCGCGAUGCCAAGCGAUUCAGACCAAUCCGUCGUCGACCACGAACCAGAUUCAGGGUCAAAGGUCCGCAACGGUUAAUCCUGCUUGCGUAACUGGAAAUGGCGCGCCCAAAUCGGUGGUCGCAUCUCGUACUGUCGCGACGCCGAUCGGCAACUCCUCGCCAUCCCGCAAUCGCACGAGUGGAUCGCCGAGCGCAAACAACUCCAUGCACCAGGUAUAUCCGACGGCCGAGAACAUGCCCAAUCAUACUGAGAGCGGUCCUAAUGCGCCACUCCUGUUACCUGCUGGCGCGAUCCCCAGAGUCUAAUUCUCCUAAGAUGUUCUUUCCCGGCGAUGUUUUGCUUGCUAACUAUCGAGCCUACGAAGAAUAUCGUGAGGAAUCUGAGCUCGGAUUCGUUGGUGAGAAAACAAAAUAUGAUUGUAAUCAAAAGUGAAACGAGAGAGAAAUGGGCAAUG